AUGGAGAGCCUAGUUUUUUUGGAUUCUCAAUUUGAUUCAUUUGCACUAAGACCAGAUGGUUUUUUGGCCCUUGUUCGUCAAUUUAAAUUAAGUUUAUACAAGCCGCUUUAUGAAAACUUGCGGCCAUCAGAUGUUAUUUCAUUUAAAAAUCUCUAUAGACUUGUAUCGCAUUUUGAGCUUGAUAAAGUUGACCCGACGCUAUCUAGCUGUGCGACGCCUCCGGGCUCUGAAAUUUGCGCCAUUUCAUGGGAUUUUUCUUCAUACAGCAAAUCUAUUUUAAAAGUAACUUUGGUUUCCGGAUCGGAACACUAUUUGAAUGUAAAUUUGAAGCCAAUACACUUAUCAUACUUUCAAGAAGAAAAUACUUUGAAAAUAACCUCAAUGCUUGAUGCUGGCUCUUAUUUGAUUAGAAAUGUUGAUUGCAUUUGCUCCUUAUCUUUGCUAUUUCGGGAUAGCGGAAAAUCGUCAACUUAUGUAUAUUUUUUAUCUUAUACUCCAACAAAGGGGUCUAGGAUCUUCAUUCUUCAAUUAGUUGAAUCACUAUCUAAUGGUGUCAAGUUUGUACUGUAUCAUCUCGAUUCUAUUGCUCAGAUAUUAAAGUACAGUUCUCUUCCCGCUGUUGGGAGAAAUGUUUUCAACUUUCCUGACAAAGUCAACCCAACUUAUGGACUUAAAACUCGCUCAAUCGGUACCUCUAUAGAGCAUGUUAGCGGCACAGAGGUUAAUUUAGCCGUCUCCUUUGCAGAAAACAUCUUGAUAUUUAAAGGGAUCAGCUCGGAGAGGCUCAAUUUGAAAGCAGCAUCGUUUGAGAUGUACUUUGUCAUUGUCUAA